AUGAAGAAGAAGCGUAUACCUCUGUCAUUCGCGACGAUCGGACAAGGUCAACCGGGUGCAGGGAAAGGCAGGGCACUCUUGGCUGUCGACAGUGAGCUCGAGCUUGUCCAUCAGCUUGUCCUUGCAACGGCCAGCCGUACCACCAUUUCUGGCGAUGAAGCCACACGAGACCCUACGCAGCCUUACAAUUCUUACUUCGUCAUGAGAGAUGAACCUCUGACGCUGCUUGAUAUAAUGAACAUGGAUAUUCCGCACGCCGAGUUCGCGUUCUUAUUGGCGUGUCAUACCGCUGUUGGCGAUGAGAAGACGCCUGAAGAAAUCAUUCAUCUCGCAGCUGGUCUCUAGUUUUCGGGGUUCAAGAGCUCGUUGGCACGCUGUGGGAGGUCGACGAUGCUGUCGCAAAACACGUCGUCGAAGUUUUCGAUAAGGCGGUGUCGUGGACUGUACGAAGGCGGCCUGGGCACUCAACUGUGCUACACACGCCGUGAAGACGAAAGUGCCGCUCGAGCAGUGGAUGGCUUUCAUUCAUAUCGGUGUGUAACUCACGGUGUGUAAAUUUGAUUAUUUCUGGGACCCUCGUGAUUAUGAUACUGAUUCCGAUGCACACUCGAGGACUAGUAUGUAUCUUGCAUUAUUCUCAUUAUCACCCUCAAUACUAUGCAAUACCUCGAUUUUGGAAUGCUUAUCGUAGCGAACUUUUAUCGUACAUACAUUACUUACUCUCGUUAGGCAAAUAUUGACAUGCUGGAUAAGGUU